GCCAUGAGACUGGUAUUUCCUAACCCGGGACUGGAUGACAGGAUCCCUUCCUAUGAGGAUCUGGAGAGGAUGGAGAAGGAGGUCGGAGACAGGCCCAAGUGGGACAACAAAGCCCAGUACAUCCUGACCUGUGUGGGCUUCUGUAUUGGAAUUGGCAAUGUGUGGCGAUUCCCUUACUUGUGCCAAAGUCAUGGAGGAGGUGCCUUUUUGAUUCCCUACUUGAUCCUGCUGGUGCUGGAGGGAAUGCCUCUCCUGCUGCUGGAGUUUGCCAUCGGCCAGCGUCUCAGGAAAGGCAGCGUGGGAGUGUGGACGGCCAUCAGCCCUUAUCUGACUGGCAUUGGUAUAGCCUCCAUGCUGGUUUCCUUAUUGAUUGGACUGUACUACAACACCUUAAUAGCCUGGAUCAUGUGGUAUCUCUUCAAUUCCUUUCAAGACCCGCUGCCUUGGACCCAGUGUCCUCUCAAUGAGAAUGGGACAGCAUUUGUAUCAGAGUGCAAGAGGAGCUCCACUGUGGAUUACUUUUUUUACAGAGUGACUCUGAAUAGCUCGACCUCUAUAGCUGACUCUGGAGGCAUCCACUGGCCCAUUGUGGUCUGCCUGCUGGCUGCCUGGGCAGUCGUCUGCAUCUGCUACAUGCGAGGGAUCAGCACUUCAGGCAAGGCAGUGUACGUCACAGCCAUUUUGCCUUACAUAGUGCUGGCCAUCUUCCUGAUCCGUGGACUGACUCUUAAAGGCGCCCUGAGUGGAAUAAAGUUCCUCUUCAUACCAGACGUGGACGAGCUGAUUAAACCAACUACUUGGCUGGACGCAGGUGCCCAGGUCUUUUACGCCUUUAGCUUAGCGUGGGGAGGCCUAAUCUCCUUCUCGAGCUACAACCCUGUUCACAACAACUGCAUGUACGAUGCUGUGAUCCUGUCUGCUAUAACUGGCCUCACCUCAAUCUAUGCUGCCACCGUCACCUACACCAUCAUUGGCUUCAGGGCCACAGAGAAAUAUGACAACUGUAUCAGCAGCAACAUCAUGAAAUUAUUAAAUGCAUUUGAACUUCCUGAAGACAGCAUCACUCCGAACAACUAUGAGGCAGCGUUUAAUCAUUACAACAUCUCCUCUCCUGAUAUUAUUCCUGGACUAGACCUCAGAACUUGUGACAUGCAAAAACUUCUCAGCGAGGGAGUGGAGGGAACAGGUCUGGCCUUCAUUGUGUUCACAGAAGCCAUCACCAAGAUGCCUGGUUCUCCAAUCUGGUCUGUCCUCUUUUUCAUCAUGCUUCUCUGCUUGGGACUCUCAACCCUGUUUGGCAACAUUGAGGGAGUGGUGGUCCCACUGAAAGACCUGAAUGUGUUACCUAAAAACUGGCCCCAAGAAGCACUAACUGGAGUAACAUGUCUUAUCGCCUUCGUCAUCUCCCUCCUGUUUGCGCAGCAUUCAGGGAUUUACUGGGUAACGCUCUUUGACAACUUUGCUGGAUCUAUUCCACUUCUGACCAUUGGAUUGUUUGAGAUGAUAGCCGUUGUUUACAUCUACGGCAUAGACAGGUUCACUAAGGAUUUCGAGUUCAUGAUCGGACGUAAGCCCUCCAUCUUCUGGCAGGUUUCAUGGAGGUUCAUCAGUCCUCUAAUCGUUCUGGUUAUUUUAGUUUUCUACCUGGUGACACAAGCCCAAGAAGAGCUCACCUAUUUAGUCUGGGAUCCCAACUCUGAAAAGUUCCCAUCUAUGGCAUCAGUACCGUAUCCUUCAUGGAUCAACGCGGUGAUCGUUCUUUUGGCAGGAAUUCCAAGUCUGGCGGUGCCUCUGUAUGCAUUAUAUAGGCUGGUCAUUGUUUACUACAAGAAGAAAAGAGCAGCCACUGCAAAACUAAGCCAAAUUUCUUGA